AUGGCCGCUAAGUCUUCUAAUGGACUCGCCGGUGCAACCCCUGUCACCGUUAGAAGCGUUUUCGAGCGUCCACAGUACGACAAGGUGAUGGACCCGUGUGAUUGUGCCAAGAAAUGGUUGGAGGCCCAGGGUGGCAACCUGCAUGGUUUCGUGGAUGGAAAACUGCUGUUAGCUGACAAAGGUGAUGCCCAUAUUGUUGCCGUCAAAAGCCCUGCUACCAAUGCCGUGCUAGCCCACGUGGCGGGUAUGGAUGAGGCACUCUACCGCCGGACCCUGGAGUCGUCCACGGCUGCACAGGUCGCCUGGGCGAAGAUGGAUCCGUACACACGCUGCACCCACCUCUACAACCUGGCUCGAAGUGUGCAGAAGCAUCUGACGAGCUUUGGAGAAAUGCAGAGCCUACAGUCGGGCAAGGUCAUACCCGUCUGCAUGGAGGAGGCAUCGCAGAUGGUGCGAUACCUGUAUCACUAUGCGGGCGUUGCCAUGACACUUAAUGAGCGCUUCCCGGAAUCUACGCCGAGGGGUGUUGUCGUGGUGCUGUUGGAAGACGUUCGUGCGACCUGCCCCGUGUCGGCGUGGCGCGUUGGUGAGAUCCUGGCUGCCGGCAACUCGCUGCUCAUAAUCGCCAAAAGUGAAUGCAGCCUCGCGCCAAUGCACUUUGCCGAAAUGUGUGCCGCCGGGGGACUUCCUCCGGGACUGGUCAAUGUGCUGGUCGGACCAUUCGAGGGAAUCCUCGGGAUGGACGACGUCGGGCACGUGCACGUGGUGGCUUCGCACAGUCGCUGCAGGGAGCUUCGCCAGUCCUUAGCACUGAAGCCUACCACGUCCUUGUCCAGCUACUGGGGCUGUGGCCGGUCCAUAGCCGUGGUGCUAGAGGGCGCCGACUUGCACUCUGCAGCGGCGGGCAUCGGCCAGUCCUUUGCCAACAGCAGCGGAAGGGGGGAGGCGUGUGGAGUGCAAGUGUUUGUUCAAGAGUGCGUGUAUGCAAAGUUCAUGCCUCUGUUGAGGAAGGAGCUGCGCCGACUUCGCGUGGGUGCGGCUAACGACCGAACCAGCGACAUGAGCGUCGCCUUCGCCCAAGGUGAACCUGCGCCUCUGCCGCCGAAAGUCGCCUACGCGGAGCUGCCCGACGCUGAGCUUCUUUCGGCAGGUCCUUACGAUGACAAGCACCCUUACCCGCCAAGGCCAGCGCUGUUUGCAGAUGUGACACCGUCAUCUCCUGUUGUGCUCGACUUGGUUGGUUGGCCUCUGGUGUUGGUGACCCAGUUCCGCACGACUAAGGAGUCGGUGACACUGGUGAACAGCGCAUUGCAUCACUCGGAAGUGGGCGUGUGGACAGAGAGGCUGCCCGCUGCCCUGGAGCUUGCCGCCGCCUACAAGGCAACAACCGUCUUUGUCAAUGGGCAGGGACUCCGCGACGCCUCCGUGGAGUUUGGGUCGCGUGCCGGUGUUGCCUGUGGAAAGCGGGGCCUGCUGACGUUCGUCAAAUCGCCCGGGAGCUCGGCUGAACUGUCGUCUUGUGCAAGCACCGAAUUCAACCUGGAGAAAUACGGAGUGGAGGAGAAGGACGUCUCUGGCAAGAUAGGUGAAUCGCAUGG